AUGGCGGCGGCAGCUGCAUGCGCUGAAGAAGGAGAGGAUUCUGAUGCAGACAGCUCUCUGGGCGACACAGUAGAAUCCCGUGAUCCCUCACCUGUAUCGAAGUCUUUUCUCACUAAGGUACUGGGGCAAGCGCUGGAAAAGGCCAUAAAGCCAGUACUGGUGGAACUCUCGGAUAUAAAAUCUGAGAUAACACAAAUGGGGCACAGAGUGGAGACGCUUGAAACAGCGGCGCAGGAGCUUGUGUCGCACUCCACGUGGAUAGAGGAAUAUCUCAACUUCCAUACCACAGAGCUCAACAAAGCGAUGCUGAUGCUUGAAGAUCAAGAAAACAGAAGCAGGCGACGGAAUAUCCGUAUCAAGGGCCUACCCGAAUCCUGGGCUUCUGAAGCGCUGCAUAAAUUGGCCAUGGAAAUUUUCGCCGAUCUUUUAGGCCAGGAACCGGCCGCUUCGAUUAUUAUUGAACGUAUCCACAGGGCCCUAAGACCAGUUCCAAAGCCGAACGAGAGACCCAGAGAUGUUGUCUGUGGUCUUUUGUCAUAUGUGGACACUGCCCGAAUAAUGGCCGCAGCCAGAGAGAGAAGACAGAUCGUAUACGAUGGAGCGGACGUCGCUCUCUACCAAGAUAUAUCGCCCUCCACGCUGGCGAAAAGGCACAUUAUGAAACCCCUACUGGAUGCGCUGAGAACAAAUCUGACUGUGGUCACAAAGUUUCUCCUCUUAGGAUUUCAAAGCAGCCAACUUUUGAGAAAUCUUCUAUUUCUUCUGUUCCUUGUUGUUUUUGUUGCCACAAUAUGUGGGAACCUCCUGAUCAUCAUACUGGUGUCCACCACCAAGAACCUCCACACCCCAAUGUACUUCUUUAUCUCACAACUGUCCAUCAGUGACAUCUUAUUAUCCACAAAUAUUGUCCCCAACCUGCUCCACAUCCUACUGAAUAAUGGAGGAACCGUCAGUUUUAUUGGUUGUAUGACUCAGUUUCAUUUUUUUGAUUGCACUGAAGCAUUAGAGUGUUUUCUUCUCGCUGUGAUGUCUUAUGACAGAUAUGUGGCCAUCUGUAAUCCCCUCCGUUACUCCUCUGUCAUGACGAAUAGAUUUUGUGUUACAUCACUCAUUAUUAGUUGGUUGAUGGGUAAUGUUUUUUCAUUGAUUAUAACGAUAACAUCAUCAAAACUAAACUUUUGUGGGUCAAAUAUCAUCGACCAUUUAUUCUGUGACAUUGUCCCCUUACUAGAACUUUCCUGUUCUGACACCUUCUCUGUUCACUUGGAGAUUUUUGUUUUGGGAGCUCCAACUGUAAUGGUCCCAACCUCAAUCAUUGUAGUUUCUUAUACUUACAUUGUGAUAUCAGUCUUAAGGAUCCCAUCCAUUACUGGUAGACAGAAAGCCUUCUCCACCUGUAGCUCCCACCUCAUUGUGGUCUCCAUUUUUUACUGGACUAUGUUUAGUGUUUAUGUUUUCCCUAAGAGAGAAAAAACUUGGGUCAGUAGUAAAAUCAUCUCUCUGCUGUAUACUGUAUUUACUCCAUUUAUUAACCCCUUUAUAUACAGUCUGAGGAAUAAAGACAUUAAGAAAGCCAUACAGCAAACAUUACAUAAACACAUAUCCCGUAAUAAACAUUAA